AUGGUUAACUUACCCAAAUAUGCCGGCAUAGUCGCUGGUCACUCUAUGAUUGUCAAUGCAGUCACUAUCUCAUACACAGUGCCCAGCAGGGUGCCUGUAUAUGCGACACCCUUAGAUUGUACUCCGGUGGGAAUCUCAUGGGAAUUCUUCAUGUGGCCAUCAUACAUGACCAAUAUUACUCCUCCGAUGCAAUGUGUCUCCCGCAUCUCGGACAUCUAUCGCAAAACAACACCCAUACGCGUAGGAGGCACUACACAAGACAGAGCCACUUACGACCCGAACUUCCAUGGCUAUAUUUCUUACAGCGUCGCCAAUCCACUAGAUGCCCCCAACACCCUAAUUUACGGGCCGGCUUUCUGGGAUUUGAUUUCUGCCUAUGGUGGUGGGACCAUGUUAGGCUUUAAUCGCGGUGACGAUAACCGAACAAAUACAUACAUGGCCGUGCAAGAUGCACGGACGCGUAUUCCUAACAACCUGUGGGGAAUUGAACUCGGAAAUGAACCAGACGUCUACCUUAUGCAGGAUAAACCCGACGCAGUGAGCCCUUGGAAUGCAAGUCAAGAGGGAGCAGACGCGGCGAACUGGGCACAGGGGUUUAUCAAUGUGUGGAAGCCGAACUCACCAAUACUUACUGCAGGAUCAUACGCAGUCGCGAUCGCCGAUGAUCCGGAGUGGCCCAACACAGACUACCUCAUUCACACCGCGUACAAUGAUACAGUCAAAAAUGCCGUGAAGGUCUAUGUUGGUCAUUUAUAUGCAGCUCCACCUGGUAACACCACACUAGCUAUGGAGAUGAAACAUUCCAAGACUGUCUCUGACUUGGCUGUCUUCGCUGACCGAGUUUCCACGGCAGCCUCCGCCGAACGGCCAUUCAUUCUGGGUGAAACGAACUUUCAUCCUUUUGAUGUGGAGAUGGAUUCUACAUUUGGCGCGGCAAUGGUAACUUUAGACAAGACGCUACACGCUGUUACCCUGGGAAUCAAACGUCUUUUCUAUCACCAAGGAACAAUCAAUCAAGCUAUGUUCAAUUGGUGGUCUAGUAAUCAAAUCAACGCACCGUUCUAUGGCGGGUAUUUUUCUGUCCUCGCACUCAGUGGGGGGGAAAGUAUCAUUGAGCUUGACUCAGGCGACACAUCUUAUGCGCAAUAUGUGAUCUAUAGCAGCGGGAAGCCGACGAAAGCCGUGCUAGUGAACACCGAUUACUUUUCUGGCAGCGGCUUGCGAUCCAAUUGUACCGUGACAUUGAAUGGCCUUCCCAAUCGAGAGGUCAAGGCUAUCCGUAUGACGGCCCCUUCAAGCGACACAGGUACAUCUCUCGUUCAGAAUGGCGCAAAUGAGCCGAGCAUUGGAGGUCAAUAUUUCUCCAACACCGACUGCUCUUCGGUUGGCACUUUGACCCACGAAACCACUGAUGUGUUUCAAGGGCAGGCAAGCUUCACCGUGGCUGCCUCUGAAGCAUUGUUACUGUAUUUGUGA